AUGGAGUUCUGCGAUAAUUGGGGCGAGUUGCGACAUGUGGUGGAGGGAUUGAAGAAGAAGCAGCUCAUUCAGAAACCGAAUCAUUCCACCGCCAUUCACCAGUUAGCUCACAUAGCAACGAAAAUGAAAGAUGAAGAAUGGGGUGCUCAUGCAGCGGUCUGCCACUGUGAGAUCGCGCAAAUCUACGCGAAACUCAACGAGCCAAAUGAAGAGAGAAAACAAUGGGAAAAGGCGGCGAAUGAGAUGAAAACCGAAGAAAAGUCUCAUCAUCACAAUAGAAGUCGAGUGUUUUGUCCUUGGACCUCUGAUGCAUCAGCUUGUUUUUCAAGGGCAAUCAAGAUUUUGAUGGCUUUGAAAAGUUUAAAGUUGGCAGCAAUGGUUUCUUUAGAGGCAGCUAAGCAUUCCCUUGAGGUUGAGAACUACCUGGCCGCUACAGAACACGCUAGUCGAGCAGUUCGACUCUUCGAGGGAGAGCGGCUGUGUGGAGCGGAUGCGCUUCGCGUGUUAGCAACAGCACAACUAAAAACCGAUCAAAUCGAAGCCUUGCUAGAUACUUUGGAUCAAUUGUGGACAUUAUCAAUGAAAGCAUGGCAUAACAGUACACCAAUGGGUAAAGAGGUCCAGAAAGAAGCUGACAUUGCGACAAUGCUCGUGAUAUGCAAUAGAAAAGCUCGACGUGGUCGACAAGCCGUAUUGAAGCAAACCUUCGAGAAUGGUAUUGAUUUUGAUGAGGCUGGCUGGGUACGUGGUGCCUCGGAUUCCCCUCUAACGACGAGCGAAUUCCUGUUGGUGUCCUCUUUAUGUGGAUGUCUCUCGCUAUGUCAGAAACAACUCGCCAUCGAUCUCUACUCGAAACAAUGUCAUUCAUUCUUUUCCCCUUUGUGCAAAGAGAUUUUCUUGUAUCAGUUGGAUAAAUUG